UGCUCGGACGGAUGAGCUAUUUCACUAGCUCGCACAAAUUUCUUUGGUUGUGACGAAUUUUGUUAUAUGCUGACUCUUUCCUUCUAGUAUCAAUACUUCUUGAACACAAUCAUUCUUGUUUAAAAACUUCGACUGUUUAUUUAUUGUACAUUGCGUUGGAAUCCACUUAAUAUUUAGGACUGUUGGUGUUAGAGUUGGUAGACGGAAGUGCUGUGGUAAAACAUUACGGGAUCAGAGAGUGAAGACUUUCACCGAAUUGUCUGUUACUGUAACCUUCCGACGUAGUUUGAAAUCGUCGAGGUUCUCAGUUUCAGCUUUUCUCACUGAGUCACUGCAUCCAAGGAGUCCACGAUACGGCAGAGAAAGAGUUUCAGGAAAAAGGGUAUUCGGUGAGAGGAAAAGAAACGCAUCUUGGAAGUUGGAGGAAGUCAUUACGUUUGGAAACAUCGACAAUCCCGUGCACGCACUUUUUUCGCCAACAUGGAUCCACAUUCACAGAUGGAUACGAUUAAGGCGGUAAAUAAGGCCACGGGUGAUGAGAAGAAUGAUUCGUAUUCUGGUCAUUCGUCACAGGAUCCGGAGAAGGCUAUUCAGGUGGGCACUGGGCCGGAGUUGCAGAGGAGGUUGAAGAGUAGACAUUUACAGAUGAUUGCUAUCGGUUCGUUACUCUUAUGGGCCACCAGACCUUCACGUUAUUUACCAUUCAUUACGAGAUGGACGAUGAAGGCUUUUGGGAUGAAGUUGAAAUACUAAUAACGUGUACUAGGUGGAACAAUCGGCACAGGUCUUUUCAUAGGGUCCGGAUCAGCCAUUGCUGAAUCCGGUCCAGCAGGAGCUCUCAUCGCAUACGCCUUCGUCGGUACCCUCGUCUACAGUGUCAUGAUGUCUUUAGGAGAAAUGGCAACCUUUAUUCCUAUUCCCGGAGCUUUUACUUUGUACGCAGCACGAUUUAUCGAUCCUUCACUUGGAUUUGCUAUGGGUUGGAUUUAUUGGUUCUCAUGGGCCAUUACCUACGCUCUCGAACUCACAGCUACAGGUCUCAUUAUCCAAUACUGGGCCCCUCAACUCAACAUUGGCAUCUUCAUUUCCGUUUUCUGGGUCGUCAUCACCGCUGUCAAUUUUCUACCCGUCAGCUUUUACGGUGAAAUUGAAUUUUGGUUCUCACUUAUUAAGGUUGUCACUGUACUCGGUUUCCUCAUUUUCGGUAUCUGCAUCGAUGCCGGAGCUGGUCAACAAGGCUAUCUUGGAUUCCACACUUGGGGAAAUCCAGGUGCAUUCGCACCCUAUCUUAUCAAUCCCGAAAAUCCCGUCUCCAAAUUUGUAGGAUUCUGGGCUGUACUCAUUCAAGCCGGAUUUUCCUACCAAGGAACCGAACUCGUUGGAAUCGCAGCGGGAGAAACCGAAAACCCAAAAAAGAACGUCCCAGCUGCUAUUCGCAAGACAUUUUUCCGAAUCCUAUUUUUCUUCAUUGGAACUAUCUUCUUCAUUGGCUUAUUAGUUCCAUACGAUAACCCGCAAUUAUUAUCCGGAAGUUCAGAUGCGACAGCCAGUCCUUUCGUUAUUGCCGCAAAACUAGCUGGUAUUAAGACAUUACCCGGACUCAUCAACGCCGUGCUUCUCUUCGUCGUUCUCAGCGCCGCAAAUUCCAACGUCUAUUCCGGUUCUCGUAUCCUGGUGGGUCUCGCAGAGGGAAAUUGCGCCCCAAAACUUUUCUUGAAGACCACCAAAGCCGGAGUUCCCUACUACGCUGUUGCUUUUACCGCCGCAUUCGGUCUCCUUGCUUUCAUGAAUGAGAGUGCUGGGGGCGGAACCGCAUUCGAAUGGCUUCAGAAUAUAACAGCCGUUGCGGGAUUCAUUACUUGGGCAUGUAUUUGCGGAUGUCACAUUGCAUUUAUGAAAGCGCUCAAAGCUCGCGGAGUCAGUCGAGAUCGUUUACCAUAUAAAGCGCUUUGGCAACCAUGGUUCGCAUGGUACGGAUUAGCAUUCACGGUGCUUAUUAUCUUUACCCAGGGAUUCACAGCUUGGAUUCCAAAAUUCCAGGUUAAAGAGUUCUUUGUGGCGUAUAUUAGUCUGAUACUUUUUGCGGUGGCUUAUCUAGGUCAUAAGAUUAUUUGCAAGACGAAGUUUGUAAGUAGUUUAGAGGCGGAUUUGGAUACGGGGUGUGUGGGAUAUGAGGAGGAGGGGGUUAUUGAUUGGGAGGAUGAAGAACAUAGGACGUUUAAGGAGAGGUUUAUUAGUUUCUUCUGCUAAGAGAGCAUGCAUGAUUUGAAUGAAUAGUCUGAGAUUGGGAGAUCGGAUGAAGGUAGAGGGGGGGUAUUUGAAUUCCCCCUUUCUGGAAUUCCUUCGAUGAUUGAACGGUGGCAGGCUUUUUUAUUCUUUCGGCUUUUCUGACGAGAUGAGGUUAUGAUGGAGCUUUUUUCUUUGGAAUGAUGGUCCUAUGUAUGACAUACAUUGAUUGAUGAGGGCGUAAUGGAUGGAAUGAUGUUAUAGGUUAGAUAAAAGGUUAAUGUGUGGAUGGGAGAUAGAUAUUUAGAUGUUUAGGUAGA